AAAAAUUGGGCUCUGAAACUUAGACCGACACUUGGUUUGAUUUGGGCCUUGGUCAAGAUUUUGUCACCUGUUUGGUCUGGUAAAGAGUUUAAUAGCCCAAAGUAAGAGCCCAUAAUAAUUGGGCCUACUUCAUGUACACGAUCUGAUCCGUCUCGUUUUACAUCUCCUUCUGCUUAGUUCGUUCCAGACCUUUCUUAGUUGGUUGAUCUUGGCGCUCAGGAAGUUUCUCGUCCCAACAGUCUCUUGAUUUGCUCAAGUUUAAUCCCCCGUUAACUGUCACUGUUUUUUCACUAGCCAUGGCAAAGCAUCACCCUGAUUUGAUCAUGUGCCGGAAACAACCAGGCAUCGCCAUUGGACGACUCUGUGAGAAAUGCGACGGCAAGUGCGUGGUUUGUGACUCUUACGUGCGUCCCUGUACUCUGGUGCGUAUCUGUGACGAAUGCAACUACGGUUCCUUCCAAGGCCGGUGUGUUAUCUGCGGAGGGGUUGGGAUCUCUGAUGCUUACUACUGCAAAGAGUGUACACAGCAGGAGAAAGACAGAGAUGGUUGUCCCAAGAUUGUUAACCUUGGGAGUGCCAAGACUGAUCUCUUCUAUGAGCGUAAGAAAUAUGGUUUCAAAAAACGAUGAUGAUAUGGGUGUUUCCCGAUUUGCACGAUCAUUUUGCUUGCUUGAAGUGUUUGGAUCUCUUAUGUUAUGUGUAAACUUGUAUGUUGCUUAUGUUCCAGAGAAUCUAAUGAUGUUGGAUACAAAACUAGAGAUUAUGCUUUUGUGCUUCUUGAUAAUCUAGGCUUGAGUGGUCUUUAUUAGACAUAUUUAUGUCAAAAUAGUCCCUUACAUUGUGC